CCAGACAAGCCCUCAACAUACGACCUCCAUCAGGACCAGGAUUUCCGUCGCUAAGCAAGUUGCUCACGUUGGGCCCAGGACCAGGAUGGCCUCUAACCACACCGAGACCUGGUUCCAGAAGCUGGACGUGAUGUUGAAGCUCUUCAACGGUACCAUCUCCCGUGUGGAGCCCUGUUCCCGGCUGGGCAAGGCCGACCAGGAGGGAAAAGACACUUAUGCUUAUAUGUACAUCGUUUUCAUGAUGCUCCUCUUUGCUCUGACGGUUGGCAGCCUGAUCCUAAGCUACACCCGAUCCCGAGAGGCGAUGGACAAGCCCAGCGACCCCUACCACAUAUACAUCAAGAACCGGGCGAACAUGAUUUGAAGGGAGGAGGCAACGAGAAGGAGCCACGGGAGUCCUCGCGGGCCUUUCAGUCAGCCAUGAAAAUGGCGUCGAGUCUCGAACUCAGGACCGGAGGAACGUCUACGUUCCAAGGAGCGUGGAGAGAGAGAGAAAAAAGUUAAAAAUCUAAGGGAUUUUAAAAGCAGGCUCUUUAAAGAAGG